GAAAAUGAUGCUGCUUGGAGUCUGGGCUCAUGAGGAUCUGCGCGCAGGAAAGAGAGGAGGACAACUUGAAACAAAAGCCUCAGGCUCAGGCCAAGACAAGCAGGCGGAUUGUGUUUGGAUCUGGAGGCAGACUCAGAAUCAAACUACGAGAAUCAUACCGUAGUUGCAGGGACGGCUUGCUCAAGAAGUAGUCCGCCUACGACAAUUGAGUCAAGUCCAGAAGGGGUGCGACGGUCUUGUGGAAGAGCGACAUUGGGAAACCUCUUUUUCCAUCUCGUAGCCGUUGAUUUGGACUGAAGGUGGCCAGCACGUUGAAAGGCAGCAGCAAUGGGUUUAGACCUUGACAACUGGAUUGAUAAAGUACGGAAGUGCGAGUACUUGCUCGAAGAUGAACUCAAGCAGCUGUGCGAGUAUGUAAAAGAGAUUCUUGUAGAAGAGUCCAACGUCCAGCCCGUAAACAGCCCCGUCACAGUGUGUGGAGACAUCCACGGUCAGUUCCACGACUUGAUGAAGCUGUUUCAGACGGGGGGGCAGGUGCCGGACACAAACUACAUCUUCAUGGGGGAUUUUGUCGACCGAGGGUACAACAGCCUCGAGACGUUUACCAUCCUUAUUCUCCUGAAAGCUCGGUAUCCAGCACACAUGACCCUCUUACGAGGUAAUCACGAAAGUAGACAGAUCACACAGGUUUACGGGUUCUACGACGAGUGUCAACGAAAGUACGGAAACGCAAAUGCGUGGCGGUACUGUACGGACGUGUUUGACUACCUCACGUUGUCAGCGGUCAUUGAUGGAAAGGUAUUGUGUGUCCAUGGGGGGCUCUCUCCGGAUCUUCGAACCCUAGAUCAAAUACGAACGAUUGAGCGGCAGUGCGAGAUCCCACACGAGGGGCCCUUCUGCGAUCUGAUGUGGAGCGAUCCAGAGGACAUUGACACGUGGGCGGUGAGCCCUCGAGGGGCGGGCUGGUUGUUUGGCGGGCGGGUGACGUCAGAGUUCAACCACAUAAACGGGCUGGAGCUGGUGUGCCGGGCGCAUCAGCUGGUGCAAGAGGGGUUGAAGUACAUGUUCCAGGAGCGGUCGCUAGUCACAGUCUGGUCAGCGCCAAAUUAUUGUUACCGGUGUGGCAACGUCGCUUCGAUCCUAAGUUUCGACGAACACAUGGAGCGUGACGUGAAGUUCUUCACGGAAACGGAGGAGAACAACUCGAUGACGGCCCCGCGCGCUGCAGUACCUUAUUUCUUGUAGAUAUCGACCUCAUGCGAACAAUUCACAAUAACGGACGGGAUGCGUUCCUUGCCAUGUUGCUAUAAGAACCAUUCAUGUCAAGGUCGAAUCAUGUUGCAAGUUUAAUUGUCGACGUCAAGGACCUUCGGCUGAACCUAUUGACUUGAGUAUGUAUUCAAGCCCGUGCCUGCUCACUACCGGCC